AAAUUAAGAUUGGUUUCGACAGAUCAUCACGAGGGAAGGAUCACGUAUCUAUAAUCGGCGGUUUAGCUGAAGCGGCGCAAAGUUCAGGCGCCGGUAACAGCUUUAAAGGAUCGUUCGGAUGUUGGAAAAAGUUAUCGCAUUAUUUAUCGAUGUGUCUGUUCAUACCAGUGCUACUCUGGCCGCGGUGAAGAAGGCAUCCGCUGUUGGUCACUGCUAAACUGAGUGCCGGAUAAUUUUGUGCCAAAAGACAACAAAUAAAAGCAAGAAUGUUGUGAACGUGUGUGUUUGAGCGUAAUACAAAUCAAAGAGAGAGUAUUUGCAAUUCUAAACGAAAAAAAAAAUUCGAAUUAUUUGAACGUGUGUGUGAAUGAUAGAGAGAGAGAGAGAAAGAGAGAGAGGAGAGAGAAUGACGAACCAAAGAGAAAGAGAAAAAAAUAAAAAUCUGGAGGUUCGUGUUCUCCACAUCUUCCUAUUCCCCCUUUCCUACUUUCAAAUGUUGAAAACAUUUUUAGAUCAAUGGAUGUUGUCAAUGUAUGCGCCCAUUUAGAUUUGCAAAUUCAUUUUGCUAAAUGUCGAUUUACAAAAUCGAUGGAUCGAUGGAAAGACGCACCGCAAAAUAAAUAAUAUUAAAAAAAAAUACAAGACUUGGAAACGCUGAAGCAGCUUGGCCCUUCCUAAUAAUGCUUUAAUGAGACGUUGAUAAUAAAUACAUUUCACAAUCAUCUUAUCAUUGGUAUCAGCGUUGCGGAUAUUUAGACGUCAGGAAAUUCGAUGUUUCGAAAUAAAAAUAUGCGAUCGAACGUUGUAUA